GGCUAUUAGCCAAAUCCUCUAACAGUUCAAAAGUACAACGCUCUUUAGGAGGCUCUUCCUUUUUAAAUAUUUUUUCAGGGGUUAAACAUUAAAUGUCAGGAGUGUAUCUGGAAUGGACAAGGGUCUCCCAUGGAGACGGGGCCUCGCACUCCUCCAGCAUGAAACUCGCUCAUCUGAUUCUGCUGCUCUUAGAUCUCCACUUGAGUUCCUCCAGGUUCACGCCAGCAUCAGAUCGGCCUCUGGAGGAUCUGGUGGAGCAGAAAUGCUUACUGCAAAACUACACGCAGCGCUCCUGUAACAAAGUCUUCUGCCAGCCGUGGCAGAGAUGUAUCGAUGGAACCUGUGCCUGCAAACUCCCUUACCAGUGCCCAAAGGCUGGUGCCCAGGUGUGUGCCACCAAUGGAAGAAGCUUUCCAACAUACUGUCACCAGAAGAGUUUUGAAUGUCUUCAUCCAGAGAUAAAGUUUUCAAAUAAUGGAACAUGCACAGAUAAAGGAAAGUUUAAUGUUUCUUUAACGUAUGGAAGCACAAAAACAGAGGGAAUUGUUCAAGUCACACUUGUGGACCAAGAUGAGAAAAUGUUCAUAUGUAAAAACAGCUGGGGCAUAGCAGAGGCCAACGUGGCCUGCCUCGACCUUGGAUUUCCACAGGGUGUUCGUAACAUACAAGGACGGUUUAAUAUACCUGUAAAUCUCCAAAUAAACGCCACGGAAUGCCUGCAUGUACGUUGCCGGGGAGUAGAGAGCAGUUUGGCGGAGUGUACCUUCACCAAGAGGAGAACUAAGACUCCCCAUGGCUUGGCGGGUGUAGUGUGUUACACACAGGAUGCAGAUUUCCCAACAAGUCAGUCCUUCCAGUGUGUGAAUGGGAAGUACAUUCCUCAGGAGAAAGCCUGCAAUGGUGUCAAUGACUGUGGAGAUCAAAGUGAUGAGCUGUGUUGCAAAGGUUGCCGAGGUCAAGCUUUCCUGUGUAAGUCAGGAGUUUGCAUUCCAAACCAUUACAAGUGUAAUGGCGAGGUGGACUGCAUCACCGGCGAAGACGAGAGUGGCUGUGAAGUUAGUAAAGAAAGGAAGAAAGGAAAAGGUUACAGGAAGAAGGAAGACAGACAGGGUAGAAUUCAUAAAGGCCUUGCACGAUCAGAUCAAGGAGGAGAAACUGAAAUCGAAACUGAAGAAAUAGAAAUGUUGACUCCUGAUAUGGACAUAGAAAGAAAACGGAUAAAGUCCUUAUUACCUAAACUAUCCUGUGGAGUCAAAAGAAACACUCACACUCGUAGGAAAAGAGUGAUUGGAGGGAAGCCAGCGGAGUUGGGAGACUACCCAUGGCAGGUGGCAAUCAAAGAUGGAGAUAGAAUCACCUGUGGGGGCAUUUACAUCGGCGGCUGCUGGGUUCUGACGGCUGCACAUUGUGUCAGACCCAGCAGAUCUCACAAUUAUCAAGUAUGGACGGCUUUUUUAGACUGGCUAAAACCUAACUCUGAGUUGGAAGUUCAAGCAGUGAGCAGAGUUAUUGUCCACGAAAACUAUAAUGGAGCCACCUACCAAAAUGACAUAGCUUUGAUUGAAAUGAAAAAGCGCCGGAGUAAGAAAGAAUGUGAGCUCUCCAAUUCCGUCCCUGCCUGUGUCCCGUGGUCUCCGUAUCUAUUCCAACCGAAUGACAGAUGCAUCAUCUCUGGAUGGGGUCGAGAAAAAGAUAACCAAAGAGUCUACUCACUUAGGUGGGGCGAAGUUAACCUAAUAGGCAACUGCUCUCAGUUUUACCCAGAUCGUUACUAUGAAAAAGAGAUGCUGUGUGCAGGUACCAGUGAUGGGUCCAUUGAUGCCUGCAAGGGGGACUCUGGAGGCCCCUUGGUCUGCAAGGAUGUCAACAAUGUCACUUACAUUUGGGGCAUUGUGAGCUGGGGAGAGAAUUGUGGGAAGCCAGAGUUCCCAGGUGUUUACACCAGAGUGGCCAAUUAUUUUGACUGGAUUAGCCAUCAUGUGGGAAGGUCCCUUGUUUCCCAACACAAUGUCUGAAACUCUGACUUCCUUCUUUCUACAUGUAUUCUAUCAGGAGUUACAUUUUAAUUGAAAUAAAACUGUAUAAUUAGUUCUCCUUGGAGCCGGCAAGAAGCAAAUCUUACUGGCUAGUCCUAAAGUUUCUUCCAAGUUUGUGCAUUUUAGAAUUCUGCCAUAUAACCCCCAAUAAAUAUUCCAGUUACGCAUACAA